UCCUGAGAGCUUCAGUUUCCCCGUUUCAUCCAGAGUGCGUCGUUCCAACCACCCUCAGGCGUCCGAAGCAAACAAAGAAGACAUCAAUCAUCCAAGGUGUCAUUGUUUCAGAGUUUCCACGAGGACUUUGCGCACUUAAUCCUUGAAGCUUAAAGGGCAUUUGAUUCCAACGAGUUCGAUCUACGUAGAAGAAGAACAAAAUGAGCGCCGCGUCCGAACAACAGAUGAACAAACGUCUGAAUCUGGAGAAAGCUACGAAUUUCAUGAGGCAAUACCGUGAUCCGGAUUCCCGUGAGCUGAAGAAGCUUUCCGCCAAUCAAUUCAUGGAAGUCUGGAGCCACUACGACAAGGACGGUAAUGGUUAUAUUGAAGGCACGGAACUCGACGGAUUCCUUAGGGAGUUUGUGUCGAGCGCGAACGUCACCGACAUAUCUCCAGAGGCUGUAUCCGACGAGAUGUUGGUCGAACUGAAGGCUUGCUUCAUGGAAGCCUACGACGACAACCAGGACGGCAAAAUCGAUAUCAGAGAGUUGGCCCAGCUGCUCCCCAUGGAGGAGAACUUCCUCUUGCUCUUCAGAUUCGAUAAUCCGCUCGAAUCCAGCGUCGAGUUCAUGAAGAUUUGGAGGGAAUACGAUACUGAUGGCAGCGGUUACAUCGAAGCUGAUGAAUUGAAGAACUUUUUGAGGGAUUUACUCAAGGAAGCUAAGAAGAUCAACGAUGUUUCCGAGGAUAAACUCAUCGAGUACACUGACACUAUGCUUCAGGUCUUCGAUUCCAACAAAGAUGGAAGACUGCAACUUUCCGAAAUGGCAAAGCUACUUCCGGUUCGCGAGAACUUCCUGUGCCGUCAAGUUUUCAAAGAAGGAAUAGAAGGCGCAACAAAAUUGACUAAAGAUGACAUCGAACGUGUAUUUUCUCUGUACGACAGAGAUAACAACGGUACGAUAGAGAAUGAGGAGCUGCGCGGUUUCUUGAAGGACUUAUUGGAGCUUGUCAAGAAGGAUUACGACGCCCAAGAUCUGCUGGACUUCGAGGAGACGAUCCUGCGCGGAGUUGACUACAACCAGGAUGGAAAAAUCAAUCGCAAAGAGUUGACGAUGAUCCUGCUUGCCAUAGCCAAGCACAACCAAGAGGAAGAAACUUCCGCUUAAAAAAAUGAAAAUCUCAACAAAACAAAAAACAGCUCAACCAACACCAAAAAAAAAUAACAACAACAAAAACUGAUCCCAUCCAGAAUCCCACCAUAAUUUUUCGUCAUUAUUGCCAAUUUAGAAAAAAAAAACAAACAGAAACUGCACAAUAACUCCUCUGUCGUCCUUCAAUGAAAUUUGAGCGAAUUAGUGUGCUUUUUGAAUCGAGUCUUAAACACCAAAAUAACAAGACUUUACUAAUAAGUCUGUUGUUAAAGCAUCAGUCCAAAUUUUAAAUGUGAAUUUAUAAAAAUAAUAAUAACUCUUUGAAAAUAUAUUAAUAACGGAUAAUUAGAGUGAGAGAGAAAUCUUCUAGAGCAUAUCAACGUAGAAUAAUGGAAUGUAUUCAGUAUUAUCAACAAUCUUACGGCUUUCUCGUGGCUCUUUCAAUAACGUUUAACUAUAUUCAAACGUAAUACUAUUAUAUAAUAACUCUUUACAGGCUUAUCGGUGUUGUUGUUACUGGUUAUCCUGAUUUUGGUGUCGCUUCAGUUUCUCUCCUAUCACACAACGUUUGCAGCACAAUCCCAUAUCUCUUCGAGCUUAUCAUGACAUUCAAAAACAAAAAAAAACACGAAGCAUAUCAAGAAAUAGUUAGUAAGAAUUAAAGAUUUGAACAGAACAAAAGAUGAUGGCCUUAGUAACUAUUUCCUGCGAUGAAUUUUCUUUUUAAUUUUAAUCAUCAAACUGGAAAUGUUCGCUAAACAACAAGAAUGAUCAACAUCUCGAAUCUAUGAUGCUCCAUAAUUAUGAAGAAAGAAGAUGAAAAUAAUAAUAUAUAUUAUAUACAUAUAUAAAAUGCCAAAUUUUCUUUAGUUUAAGUUGUUGUCUUUCAUGAUACAAAUUCUAUGUAAAUUAUACGUAAUUCUUUACGAUUCGAAACUGAUUUAUACGAGGAAUUUAGAUCAAAUGAAAUACAAUGAAAACGAUGAAGUAAUCGCACUUUGUUUCCUACAUAAACGUCCAAUUUGCAUAUCCCCCAUCACUUAUUCCCUUUUACUUCAAGUACUAAACAUCUUUACUAAUUCCU